AUGCAGCAAAACGUAGAAGUUCAAACAGCUAUCCCUUAUCGAUCGAGCAUUCAAACUACUUCGCAGUCAGGUCAAGCUCAGGUAAUAAGUGCAGGUCAGGCCGCGUUGUAUUAUCGAGCCGGUCUUCCGAUCGAUCCGGUAACUCUCGCCUCGCGAGCUGAAGGAACGGGCCAGUUCUGGCGAUACACGCAUGCACAUGCCCACGUAGGUUGGCAUACACACACGCGACUGGCAGUCGUGAUGUCCACCGUUUAG